UUUACAAUUGAUGAAAUAUAUCAAGCAUUAAAUAAUGAAACAAUAAAAUUAUUUCUACGUUAUCAUCAUCAUUGGUUCCAUUAUCUGGAUCUAAUUGAACGUUCGACUGAAUUGAAUAUGAUAUUUAAAUUAUUUUUAUAUAAUACAUAUUUUCUUGUAUUCAUCAUUGGUAUUAUUGGUAAUAUAUUAGUAUGUUGGGUUGUAUUUCGUCAUCCAUCAAUGCGUUCAGUAACAAAUAUAUUCAUCUCGAAUCUUGCAUUAUCCGAUAUACUUCUUUGUUUAUUUGCUGUACCAUUCACACCAUUAUAUCUAUUGACAUAUAAAGAAUGGAUAUUCGGGCCAAUAUUCUGUCGUCUAGUACCAUUUGUACAAGGAAUGUCCGUUUACAUAUCCGUAUUGACAUUAAUGUCUAUAGCAAUUGAACGUUAUAUGGUUAUUAUUUAUCCAUUUAAAAAACAUUUAAAUAUAAUACAUAGUGUUAUAAUUAUUAUAAUUAUUUGGUUAUUAGCAUUUAUAUUGACAUUACCAUAUGGAAUAUUUAUUGAUCUAAUACCUGUACCACAAACAACAACAUCGACAUCGGCAACAAAAUUAUCACCAAUAUCAUCAUCAUCAACAACAACGACGAAAUCGACAUUGAUAAUUACAGAUGAUGAACAACAACAACAACAACGUUCAAUUGAAACAUUGAAAAAUUUAUUACAAAAUCUACAUAAACGUAAAUGGUAUUGUGAUGAAGUAUGGCCAAAUGAUCAAUUACGUUUAUUAUUUGGCCUAAUGACAACAAUCAUGCAAUUUGUAAUACCAUUUUGUAUCAUAACAUUUUGUUAUACAAAAGUAUUUCUACGACUUUGGUAUCGUAUGCAUAAUCGUUUAGGUUUACGAAAUUAUUCAUCACAAAGACAAUGGUUAGAGAAGAAACGUGCACGUCGUACAAAUAUGAUGCUCAUAUUUAUGGUUGUUAUAUUUGUUAUCUCUUGGUUACCAUUAAAUACAUAUAAUUUGAUGGAAGAUUUUUACAUACCAAUCGCAUAUUGGAAACAUUCAAGAGCUUUAUUCAUGACAUUUCAUUUGAUUGCAAUGUCUUCAACAUGUUAUAAUCCAUUCUUAUAUACAUGGUUGAAUGAUAAUUUUCGCAAAGAAUUCUAUACAAUAUUCACAUCCAUUAUGCAUCGUUUACAGUGGUUUUUGUAUCGUAAACGACAGAAAACAACCAAUCAAAAUAAUAGAAUAAAUAAUGAUGAUAAUGAUAAUAAUAAUAAUAAUAAUGCAAUCGAUAUUAAUCGUGGCGAUAUAACCACCGGUGUUGGUCGUAAUAUGGUAUGGAAACAAUCAACAUUUGGUGGCGGUUGUGUUGGUGGUAGUAACAGUGGUCGUCUUGUUCCUAAAGAUAAUUUAGAAACAACACGUACUACAAGAUUAAAUCUAACGACCAAUAUGGACGAUGACGAUAAUGAUGAUGAUGAUGAUGGUGAAUUAAUAUCGAUGACACAGAUUGAUACAACAACAAAUAUGGUUACAAAUAUGGAAUCAAUUAAUGAAUUAGAAUUACAAGAAAGUUUAUUUAUAACUAGCCUACAGAAUGGUAUAUUGGCUAGUCAUAUUAUUCAUAAUAAUGGUCAACUAAUUAAUUAAUAAUCAUUAUAAAGGAAUGAAUUCUUA